AUGACCUUAAAUUGGGGAUCGUAUCAUAAUAAGAGGAAAUUCGACUCCCGGGCUUGUGGGCACUAUUCCUGCACUGCUCAGCCUGGGAUAUCCAGGAGUGAUUCACACAUGCCCCUGUCUCCAGACCAGCCCCGCAUGGAACUUGACACUGAGGGGAGGCAGCGAGACUAUAAGAAGUCCAGGCUGGGCGGGCGGCCGAGAGGAAGCCCAGGCGCAGAGGAGAUGGCCAGCUGCCUAAAAGCCAUCUGGAACCGGAGAUUUCACAGAGUGGUCCUCAGAACAGCCCAGCUCCUUUGGUUCAGUGCCCUGAUCUUUGGCUUCAUACAGCAGGAAGAGGUGGCGGCGUGGACCUACCACUACAGCACGAAAGCGUAUUCCUGGAACUACUCCCGGGAGUUCUGCCAGAAGCACUACACCGACUUAGUGGCCAUCCAGAAUAAAAAGGAAAUUGCUCACCUCAAUGAGGUCAUACCCUACUUCAGCUCGUACUACUGGAUCGGGAUCCGGAAGGUCGGUGAUACAUGGACGUGGGUGGGAACCAAACAGCCCCUCACCGAGGAGGCGGAGAACUGGGCUGAGCACGAGCCCAACAACAAGAAGAACAACCAGGACUGCGUGGAGAUCUACAUCAAGAGCGCCUCGGCCCCCGGCAAGUGGAACGACGAGCCGUGCGGGAAGCGGAAGCGCGCGCUGUGCUACGCAGCCUCCUGCCAGGACAUGUCGUGCAGCAAGCAAGGAAAGUGCAUUGAGACCAUCGGGAACUAUACCUGCUCCUGCUUCCCCGGAUUCUAUGGGCCAGAAUGUGAAUAUGUCAGAGAGUGUGAGGAUCUCGAUCUCCCUCGGCAAGCAUUCAUGAACUGCAGCCACCCUCUGGGAAACUUCUCCUUUACUUCAGAGUGCAGGUUCCACUGCGCGGAAGGGUACGAACUGAAUGGGCCCAGCAAGCUGGAAUGUUUGGCUUCCGGAGUCUGGACGAGUGAGCCACCGCAGUGUGUCGCUGCCCAGUGCCCACCCCUGAAGACUCCUGAGCGAGGAAGCAUGACCUGUCCACACUCGGCCGAGGCCUUCCUGUACGGGACCAGCUGCCACUUUAGCUGUGAAGAGGGAUUUGCAUUAGUUGGAUCGGAGGUGGUGCAGUGCGCGGCCUCAGGGGUGUGGACAGCCGCAGCCCCAGUGUGUGAAGUUGUGCAGUGUCCCCUCCUGGAAGCCCCUGGGAAAGGAACCAUGGACUGUGUCCACCCCCUCUCUGCAUUUGCAUAUGGCUCCAGCUGCAAAUUUGGAUGCGAACCUGGCUACCAGGUGAGGGGCUGGGCCUCUCUCCGCUGCACGGGCUCUGGCCAGUGGACCGCACCCUCGCCAGCUUGUGAAGCCAUUGCCUGCGGGCCACUGCAGAGUCCCGUUCACGGCAGCAUGGACUGCUCCCCAUCCUCAGGAGCAUUCCAGGACAACACCAGCUGUAGCUUCCGUUGUGCCGAGGGUUUCAAGCUGGAAGGAGCUGACCUAGUCCAGUGUACUGAGUUGGGACAGUGGACAGCGCCAGCCCCGGUGUGUCAAGCUCUGCAGUGCCAGGAUCUUCUGGCUCCAAACAGGGGGCAGGUGAACUGCUCCCACCCACUUGGUGCCUUUAGGUACGAAUCCACCUGCCACUUCGCGUGCAGUGAAGGCUCCCACCUGGUGGGAGCAAGCGUGCUGCGGUGCUUGCACUCUGGGAACUGGAGCUCUCCUCCUCCAGAAUGCCACGCCAAUACGUGCACAGCUUUGGGAAGCCCUCACAACGGCACAAUGACCUGCGUCCAGCCUCUGGGGGAUUCCAGUUACAGGGCCACGUGCCGAUUCGCCUGUGAUGAAGGAUUCUCUUUAUCCGGACCGCAAGUACUGGAUUGCACUCCAUCUGGACAUUGGACAGGCUCCGCACCAACUUGUGAAGCCAUCAAGUGCCCAGAAUUAUUUGCUCCAGAGUGGGGAAGUCUGGCUUGUUCUGACACGCAUAAGGAACUCGGGGUUGGCUCCACCUGCCAUUUCUCCUGUAACAAGGGUUUGAAGCUGGAAGGAUCCAGUAAUGUUGAGUGCACAGCUUCUGGAGAAUGGACGGCACCUCCACCGACCUGCGAAGGCACAGUAACGGCUCAUACUUCAGACGAGGUCCGAUGCCCAGCCCUCAUCACGCCAGAGCAAGGAACCAUGUCCUGUAGGCACCCUCUGGGAAACUUUGGCUUGAACACCACUUGUUACUUUGGAUGCAACGCUGGAUUCACACUCUUGGGAGACAGUGCUCGCAGAUGCAGACCUUCAGGCCAGUGGACAGGAGGAACUGCCGCGUGCAGAGCUGUCAGAUGCUCCGAGCUGCACGUGAUUGAACCUGGCGGCAUGAACUGCUCCAAUCCCUGGGGCGGUUUCAGCUAUGCAUCAACCUGUACCUUCUACUGUCCAGAGGGCCAGGUACUUAACGGCUCAGCAAGAACAGUGUGCCAAGAGAACGGCCAGUGGUCAGCUCCCAUGCCAGCCUGCCAAGCAGGGCCGUUGACAAUCCAGCAAGCCCUGACUUACUUCGGUGGAGCAGUGGCUUCUACAAUAGGCUUGGUGACGUGUGGGACACUCCUGGCUCUGCUAAGAAAGCGCCUCAGACAAAAAGAUGAUGGAGAGAGCCCCUUGAACCCUCAAAGCCACCUGGGAACAUACGGAGUUUUUACAAAUGCUGCAUUUGACCCAAGUCCUUAAGGUGUCCCUGGAGAAAUUACCACCGUCUUGCGCAGACGUCAGAACUGAGCUCUAAAGACGUCGCGGCCCUGCCCUGCCCACGCCGC